AUGGAUCAUGAUUUGAGCAUAGACCUUGUACUUUCUUCGCUACCAGAGAGCUAUUCACAGUUUGUGUUGAACUUCAAUAUGAACAAGAUUGAGGUAACCCUUUCAGGCUUAUUGAAUAUGCUCACACAGGCUGAGAACACCAUUGCGAAGGAGAAGCUUUCAGUUCAUCUUGUCUCUUCUAAGAAAAAUAAAAAUGAGAAAAGAAAAUUUUCUAAAAAAGACAAGGAUGAAAAGGCAUCAACUUCAAAAGGUAUAAAGCCCACUAGAGGAGUGAAGAUGGACAAGGACAAUGACAAAUGUCAUUUUUGCGGCAAACUUGGGCAUUGGAGGCGCAAUUGCAAGGAUUAUCUUGAAUCCAUCAAAGGGAAGAAACAAAAGGAAGCUUCCACAUCAAGAACUAAUGACAAGGAGCAGUGA